AUGGAGACUCAAAAUUCCCCCAAGUGGAAAACCUUUCUAUGGAGAGCUAUUAGUGAUAUCUUACCUACUACUAAAAACCUGCUUAUAAAGAUAGUGGAUGUGAAUCCAUUUUGUGCUAUGUGUGGAAUAUUUCAUGAAGAUACUUUACAUGCUUUAGUGUCGUGUGAUUUUACAAAAGCCAUUUGGGAUAGAUCCAACCUUCCAAUCCCCAAUAUUGUGACAAAUAUUUUUCAUAUUUGGUUUAGUGAACUCUUAAAUGUUUUGGAUUCUAAUGGCAUUAUCUACGCAGCAGCAAUUUUAUACCAUAUAUGGAGAGCACGAAACGGCACGGUGUGGGAUGCUUGUCUGCAGCGGCCAACGAAAGUGCUAGCUACUGCCACGGCGGCCAUGCAAGCAUGGAACAAUACACGGCUGGGAACCGUCUUACGCCUGCCAACCGGUGUUGUCGCCACUGCCGCGAUGUCGCACCCUCCUCCCGGACAGCCAGCUGCGCCCGCCUUAUUGCCUACUGGUCAGUUGCCGAGAGUCUGCCGUUUCGACGCCGGAUACCACCAUGCAACAGGCAAGGCCACGGUAGGGGCAAUCCUACUCGACGUCGACGGAGGGUACAUCUCAGCCUACAGCGCUCCUCUACCGGAUUGUUUCUCGCCACUUAUGGCUGAGGCAUUUGCAUGCAAGGAGGCUUUAUCAUGGCUAAGAGGACGGGGCGAAAGGAAUAUAAAGCUAUACAUGGAUUGGCAAACACUACAACAUUAUCUGACCUCACCACCUAUGACAGUUCGGUCAUAG